UGUGUGUGUAUUGUAAUUUUGCGAAAUUUGCCAAAGAAAAACUGCCUAAAACACCCAUUUCAGAAUCAAAUUUAUUCAUCAAAUGAUAACAAAUUCAAUGCACACAUAAAAAGCUUUCUUUACAACGCAAACUUUUUGACGAUUUUCCUUUACAAGAAGGUGAAAUCCUCGUCUAAAAGUUGCGAUGGAUUACCGGAUGCCGGUGGGAAUGGGUUAUCACAAAUCCAACAUGGCUUCCGAGUACGGUGGAGAUUCUGCAAGUCGGGUGAAAGGGAUCAGCAUUAUCAAGCCUGUGAUUUAUGGCAACAUUGCACGUUAUUUUGGGAAGAAGAGGGAGGAGGAUGGACACACCCAUCAGUGGACGGUCUAUGUCAAGCCAUACAGAAACGAGGAUAUGUCGGUUUACGUGAAGAAAGUCCACUUCAAACUUCAUGACAGUUACGCUAAUCAGAACAGAGUUGUGACGAAGCCACCGUAUGAAGUGACGGAAACUGGAUGGGGAGAAUUCGAAAUCGUCAUCAAGAUUUAUUUCAACGAUCCAAAUGAGAAAAGUGUGACAAUUUACCAUCUUUUGAAGCUCUUCCAGAGUGAGACAGAUAUCGCCCUCGGCAAGAAGAGUCUGGUGGUGGAGAUAUAUGAUGAGUUGGUUUUCCAUGAACCCACAGCACUCAUGCAGCAGCUGCUCACGAGUACACGACCUUUGACCCUAAGUGCUUAUAAACACGAGACUGACUUUGAAGACAAGAAGACAAAGACACUUUCAAACAUUAUGUCCGCGAAAAACAAAAUACGCCACGAAAUCCAAGAAUUAAACGAGCGCCUCAAACAGAGUAAGGACGCUAUUUCAAAAUUCAAGGAUGAAAUAAGGACGUUGGAAACUCAGGACGGGAAGCCUCCAGUUGCAAGGAAGCUGGAGGUGAUGACUUAGUUUUCUUUGUCAGGGCUUCUUGGAUUAUUGCAUAGUGUUGGUCAGCACUGGAUUACAUGGUUUAGCCAUUUGAUUCCAGGAGUUCAGUGAAAUAUUCUCUAUGUAGAAGACUGGUGAUGCCGGAGGACUAUCUGCGACAUUUCAGCCAUAAAUCUUGUAUCUGUUAUAAAUAGCUCGUCCAUCGUCUUCAUCCAUGCGAUUGGGUCAGGUGUGUGUGGAUUCUGGAUUGUGGAAUUCAUACCCUUGUUAAUAUAUUCAUACAUGUAUGACUGAGGGAAAGGAAUCAAGCAGGGGUUUUUUGAAGAAAAUUAAAACCUUUUGUCUUUAGGUGGGCAACAAUAUUAUCUUACAAGACGGCAAUUGCCUCAGAUGAUUUUUAGCCCUGAAUAGAUGUAAAUUGUGUAAAAAGUAUUUUGUAUUUUGUACUGUCUGUAAAUCAUGGCAUUUAAUUUUGUAUUAAAUUUUUCUUUACA